GUUGAGCUACGAGCUCAUGGUUAAUAAAGAAGAACUCUGCAGUUUGGUAAUGUUUACAGUGGGAGCAGAGGACAGGAGCAGAGAACCAGCUCCACCAUGGAGGCUGUCGGUGACCUUCUAAAUGUCUUUAACGUUGAGGUCAGCAGGACGUCGGUGACGGUCAGCCUCUUCAUCAUUUUCCUCUGUCUCCUGUACUGGUACUCGGUCUAUCCUUUCUCAGUCCUCUCUCGUUGUGGCAUCAACCAUCCAAAGCCGGUGCCUUUCUUUGGCAACAUAUUCUAUUUCCGUGAGGGUUUCUUCCAACCAAUCUCUGAACUUAUAAAAACGCACGGCCGAGUAUGUGGGUAUUAUUUGGGCCGCAGACCCGUGGUGGUGGUAGCAGACCCCGACAUGCUCAGAUCAGUCAUGGUCAGGGAUUUCGGGAGCUUCCCUAACAGAAUGCAAUUUAAAUUUGCCACCAAGCCCAUGACCGACUGUCUGCUCAUGCUGAGGAACGAGCGGUGGAAGAGGGUCCGGAGCAUCCUGACCCCGUCCUUCAGCGCCGCCAAGAUGAAAGAGAUGGUUCCGCUCAUCAACACAGCCGCUGAUGCACUGAUGAAGAACCUGAAAGUCCAUGCUGACUCUGGGGAGGCGUUCGACAUCCACAGGUGUUUUGGCUGUUUCACCAUGGAUGUUAUCGCCAGUGUGGCGUUUGGCACUCAGGUGGACUCACAGAACGACCCGGAUGAUCCGUUUGUCCGCCACGCUCAGAUGUUCUUUUCCUUUUCGUUCUUCAGGCCUCUCAUGUUGUUUUUCAUUGCUUUUCCCAACAUCAUGGCUCCCGUUGCGAGAUUCAUCCCAAACAAAAGACGAGACCAGAUGAACGGGUUCUUCAUCAACAUCAUUCAGAAGAUCAUAAAGCAGCGAGAAGAACAGCCUCCCAAUCAGAGGCGUAGAGACUUCCUGCAGCUGAUGCUGGACGCUCGGACCGGCAGAGAGAGCGUCUCUUUGGAGCAUUUUGACACAGCAAAGCACUCUGACGAGCUGGAUCACAGGAGGCAGCAGACACAGCCGUCCUCCCCGGAUCAGGAAAACGGCUCCCCGCACACGCAGGAGUCGCCCGUGAGGCGCCCGCAGAAGAAGAUGAUGACGGAGGACGAGAUCGUGGGCCAGGCCUUCGUCUUCCUGCUGGCGGGCUACGAGACCAGCAGCAACACGCUAGCCUUCACCUGCUACCUGCUGGCCCUCAACCCCCAAUGUCAGCGCAGAGUUCAGGAGGAGGUGGACGACUUCUUCACCCGACACGAGUCACCCGAUUACUCAAAUGUCCAGGAGCUGAAGUAUCUGGACAUGGUUGUGUGUGAAGCCCUGCGGCUCUACCCUCCUGGCUUCAGGUUUGCUCGGGAAAUUGACCAUGACUGCGUGGUGAACGGCCAGUUUCUUCCCAAAGGAGCGACGCUGGAGAUCCCUGCAGGAUUUCUGCACUAUGACCCGGAUCACUGGCCCGAGCCGGACAAGUUCAUCCCUGAGAGGUUCACAGCGGAGGCGAAGGCGAGUCGGCAUCCGUUCGUGUACCUGCCGUUUGGGGCUGGGCCGCGUAACUGUGUGGGAAUGAGGCUGGCCCAGCUGGAAAUCAGAAUGGCUCUGGUGCAUCUGUUCCAGCGCUUCAGCAUCCAGGCCUGCUCUGAGACCAAGGUUCCUCUGGAACUGAAAUCCUCCAGCACUCUGGGGCCCAAAGACGGCAUUUAUGUGAAAAUCACCAGUAGGGACAGAGGAGAAGGACCAAAAGAUUCUCCGUCAGAUGAUUAGGAACUCGCCUGUAAUCGUUUGGCUUCAGGAACAAAGGCUGCAUGCUGUGAUUAAGGGUUAGCAGAAUGAAAAACAGUCCAGUAACAGUAGGUUUCCCUGCUUCUCUGGGUACAGGCGGACACCUGAUGCCUGAAAUAUCUCCUCCUGAUUUACAUAAAACUAUUUACAUGGUUACUGAAAGUUUGCAAACCCUAAUUACUGCUCGUUGUGUCCGGACGGCGCUGUGGAUCAGCACAGAGACGGGCCGGGGUCCAAGUGCUCUUCACAUCUAAUCGCGCUACGUAAGAUUGAUUGCAGAUUUAAAAUAACACAGAGGAAAGCAGCGUCUCUUUAAAAUUGUUUGGUUGAUAAAGAACGACGCCUUAGAGGCCUCUUGGUUCUGGACAGUCAGUGAAACCUGCUGAGCAGCCGCUACGUUCUUAACCUGUGAGGAAAUUAAUUACUGCACUUUUUGAUUUUAUCAUAUUUUAUUGCAAAUGGUUUUUGAAUUUUAGGUCAUUUUGGUGUUUGAAAAAAAAAACCUGUGAUAUAAAGGAAUAUAUAUGAAACAAGCUGUGAUUGAUUGUUUAAAUUAAAAAAUGUGUAAAAUAAUACAACAGUUGGGGAGUUGGUCACAUCUCGUACCUCAUGCCUUGUUAUAGAUUUACAUUUUCCUCUUUCUGUUGUUAAGUUUGCAAAACAAUCACA